CUCGCGCUUCCUUUUCUCUCUGGAAGCUUUGUACUUCUUAUACAACUUGUAGACACCAACGAGGGCCAGUGCUGCAAAAGUUGCUAGGAGGAAAAAGAUGGAGUACAAUUUGAAGGAGGCAUGUAGCCUUGGGCUCGUAUCUACCGACACUUCAAUCACUACGACGAUAAAGUCCAUGAUGCAUGCACUUUUGGAAAUGCGUAGGAAGAACUGUGCGCACCAUGAUGUCAAGCCGGAGAACAUCGGGGUGCGUAUUGAGAAUGGAGAGAUCAUAGGAGCAAAGCUCAUGGACCUGGGCAGUUGCUACCGCUAUGCCGUAACACUGAGCCCAUUUAUAAAGAUGCUAGAUCUGCUCUAUACUGCUCCGUAUCGUCCGCCAGAAACGUGGAACCUAGGGAUUACAUCCACUGCUUCUGAUAUAUUCGCUUUGGGAGUAACCGUAAGUUCUCAUCCGCUCCUGCUACAUGCAUUCUUUUUAUUCUCACUAGCUCUUGCUACGCAGAGUCGCGAGCUGUGGCAGCACGGGAUGCUGCACGAGGAAGCUCCGUAUCGCACCGAAACUCAAAUCAAAGAGACGCAGUGGGUACAACAAGGUCUUAAGGGUACCGGCUUCUAUAAGAAUACCACCUCAUACGACGGUAUCGCCGGUGAAUUGUAGGACAAGGUGCUAGAACCGAUUCCGCAAAGAUGGAAGUGUCUUAUUCGGGAUAUGAUAGAGCCGGAUCCCUUCAAUAGAGACACGACUGGUACCAUACUUAAAAAGUGUUUCUAAU